CAGCUUGUCACAUGGUACAAGGCUGUUGUGAAUAGCCUUGUACCAUGUGACCUCUGUGAUCAUUCACAGAUUUCACACGUAGUAAGCAACGAUGUCACAAGUGACAUCUUGCUUACUACUUUGCAUGUGAUCACUGAUUCGCCAAUCAGUGAUCACAUGAUCGGGACCUCGUACAGAGGUCCCGUCCGACGAUCGGUGUUUUACUCCAUUGAGAAAUACUGUGAGAGCUGUGAUUGGUCACAUGGUAUAAGGCUGUUUUGAAUAGCCUUGUACCAUGUGACCUCUGUGAUCAUUCACAGAU